UAUUGCAUAUUUCUACUAAAUGCAACAUUCUACAGAAUGCAACAUAAAAAGCGUAUGCAACUUUUUGUCAGCUGUUCCGCAACUGUUGCUGUUGUGGCGGUUGCUGCAUCCCUGGUUUCUUAUCGAUAACAGCUGCUGUUGUUUCAAUUUGUAUUUGAUAAAAUGUAUGUUUAUGUUUAACGAAAUUAAAAAUGGAUAUUUCAAGACUUGUGAUGUUGUGCGAGCAGAAUGAGUUAAGUUUCCUCAAUCUGCUCGAGUGGGAAGAAGAGUUUGACGACACGGUGGAUGGCUGCCGCUUUAGCUAUGACCGGCAACGCAAGAAACGAAAAGCGCCUCGCGAAUGGGCAAUUCCACGUAGCGGAGCAUUCUGGGAGAAAAUUGUGCCGCACGCUACAGAUGAGGAUUUUAAGCAGCAUUUUCGCCUGGAAAGAAGUGACUUCUAUCAAUUGAUCGAAUAUCUAAAGUGUAUGAAAAAAGCAAACACAUCAUUCCGAAAAGCAAUUGCAGUGGAAAAGCGAAUUGCCAUUGCAUUAUAUACCUUAGGGACCACAGCUGAAUACAGUGCGGUGGCGCAGCUGUUUGGCGUCUCAACUCCAAUGGUGUGCAAGAUACUCAAUCAGUUUUGCAAAGAGGUGAAACGUGUUCUUGGCCCGGAUUUCAUGCCACACGAAUUCCUGACACAACAGGCGACGCUUCAGAAAUGUGUACAAGGUUUCUAUGAUGUUCACGGAAUUCCACAGUGCAUUGGCGCAAUUGGCUGCUGUCACAUGCAAUUGAGCGUAAAUACGUUGCUGGCUCUAGUGGAUUAUCGUGGAAGAUUUCUGUAUGUGGAGUACAAGAGUCCAAGUAGCCAGCCCGAUGCCGAGACAUAUAAAGGAAGUGCAUUGCUAGAAAUGUUUGAUGCAUCACCUUUUAUCGAAUUAAACUACAAGAUUAUGGGGAGCAUUGCUGUUCCAUUGAUGCUUUUGGGAGACUCCAGCUACGAGAUGAGUCCAACGCUCAUAACACCGCAUCCAUCAAAUGCAACACCCCGGCAAAGUGUCUUUAACAAUGCUCUAAAUGAAGCCAGACACGUUGUGGAUCGUGCUUUUCUUGAGUUGAGAGCGCGUUUUGGCCGCUUGGCUAAGGGAUUAGAUACCCAGGGGAAACCCAAUGAUAUUAUUGACUGCUGUUGCAUAUUGCACAAUUUCCUCAGCUACAAAAAGAGCAUAAUUUGCGACUCGUGGGUCAACAGUGUGCCAAAUGAUGAAAGCAAACAAGCAAACUUCACUCAGGUAACCAAGAGUGAUCCAGAAGCUGAAAUGAUACGACAAGCGAUUAGCACAAAACUCAAGGUAAGAGUUUCAUGUGCUCCAGAAUAGGAAAUAUAUCCAAAGUGAUCACCAAGUCAAGGAUCAUAUUGCUCCCUUUUUCGGAGUCGGCCAAGAUCAACCAAACCCCUUUUGGAUAAUGCUAAAUAGAGAAUCAACUCGAUGCUAUAAAAAGAAUUUAAGAUACUAAACACAUUUUUUUAUUUAUCCAAGACUAUGAUCGCAUUAUCUAACAAUAAUUUCAUCAUAUUUGUAUCUGCGUAUAAGCAUUUUGGAUGAGGCGAGAGUCGGUGAGCUAUACAAACAAGUAUUUGGUAAUCCCCAUUCAGUCUCUUUCACCGGGAAGUACUCAUUUGUUUUUCUGUG